CAGCAAUUUUCAACACAAAUCUGAGCAGCAGAGCAAACCCACAUUUGACAAAAGAGAAAGUUGGCAAGAAAGAAGAAAUAGGACCCAUUAAUGUAUAAAGAUUCUUAUGGUAUAACCCAUACAUAGUUUUACCUCCACAAACUAGACUGACUCUCACUUGUUUUCAUUCACUUUAUGGUGCAAAAGGCCCACGUGCCAAACACAUGAUAACUCAUCAUAGAAAAAGAUUGGCGUAAAACGAAAUUAUUGGUAAGAGAAGAAAGAUAUUAUAGAUAGCAACUACAUUCCGUCACACUGCCGAAAAAAGUUCCAUUCUUUUGCAACUCUUCAGUUUGACAUGCUUUUUCAUUAGUACUAGUUUUCCUAAUGUAGCUUUUUAUUAGUUUCGAAUAAUCUCGGCGAGCGAUGGCGAAGAAGAAGAAGACGUGGUUCAGUAUGAUAAAGAGGUUAUUCAUUUCAGAACCACAAUCAAGACUUGACAAGAAGGAUAAGCGAAAGAGAUGGGCGUUCCGUUUGCUUAAGAUAAAAGAACUUGCGCCAUUAUCCGCUCCGCCCCCUGCAAGAGAAAAGUUAACAUGGGAAAAAGCAGAAGAGAGUGAUACUGCUUCUUUACCUGCGAUAGUUACAAUAGAUACUCUCGAGAUUGGGCAGAUCUCUAGCAACUGUAUAUCUGCUGAAAGUAUUAGUCUUGCUGAUAUUCCAAAGCCCUCUCAGCAAAAGCAGCGCGUGUCACAAAAUUCGGCUGCCAUCAAAAUUCAAGCCGCUUUUCGAGGUUACCUAGCAAGGAAAGCAUUACGAGCACUGAAAGGGGUCGUAAAGCUUCAAGCUCUUAUUCGUGGUUGGGCUGUUCGACAGCAAGCUCUUAACACCCUCAAGUGUCUGCAGUCAAUAGUAAACAUCCAGUCCGAAGUUUACUCGAAGAGAAGAAUUGAGGACAGUUUGCAUUGUCAAGAAUACAAGUCACAAAAUCUUAGGGAGAAAGACAUAAAGGUAGAUUUAAACAGCCAGAAAAGGUGGGACGACAGUACAUUGACGAAGGAAGAGUUGAAGGCUCUCUUGCUAACAAAGAGAGACGCUUCUAUAAAGAGAGAGCGUGUCAAAGAGUACUACCUGAACCACCGGAGGUCAGCAGAAACAGAGCGUGACAAGGCAUACGGGAGACGAAGAUAUUGGUUGGAACAAUGGGUAGAUGCCCAGCUGGCAAAAAGCGAUACUCCACGAAAUUUGGACAGAAAUUUGUCAGCUAAUGACAGAAACAGAGAAAUCAGACAUUUGCCAAAACAGAACCAAACAGAAAUGUCGGAUUCCCCUGCGUAUGUACCAAGAAGAUCGCACCACCAUAGGAAGCAGCGUUCCAUAGGGGAAGACAAUUCAUUUUUAGGCUCUCCUUCUAUUCCUGCAUACAUGGCCUCCACUGAGUCAGCGAAAGCAAAAGCAAGGUCAUUGAGUUCGCCAAGAUUAAGACCGCUUAGUUUCGAUGUCUGUUCUGAGAUUACCUCACCUUAUAAGCACAAGCUUUCUCCUAUAUCAUCGAUUAACAGUGAGCUGACAAGCGCGAGUUGGGUUGGUAAUCAUUUCAAUUUCUCGCAGAGAUCACCGCAGUUGAGAGGUCUGAAUGGUCCUAUAAAAUCAACCAUGAGCACAAAGGAACUACGACUUCGGGGGAUUCAUUUCCAUAAUGGUACGGAUGAUGCAAAUUCAAUGGGGAAAUAAGCUGCUAGAAACAAUCCAGUUUCGGUUGUUGACUUUAGCUUUAUGUAAAUGUUUGGAAUUUCUAUAUCUUAUAAUUAACGAAUGAUGGAGCAUGAGAGUGCUAAGUCCUUAUUAUUUUAAGAAUUGUUUUAAGUAACAUUUGUGUUCAAGAUUCUUUUAAAAAACAUGCC